AAACACGGAGACGCGUCAGUUAAUCCAUCUCCCCUCCCUUUCUAUCCCCGUCCCCGUGAAUCCGCGACCUCCCGUGCUCCACUGGCGCCCUUCUGGAACCCUCAGCCCCUCCUAAUCUCAACAAAAGUUAUUAAUCUCUUUGCUUAAGCCAAAUCACUUCCCCUCACGCAAAUCCUAGUUGCUUCGCUUCGAAUGCAGCCGCGUCGAAUUGCUCGUGGCGAGCCUGGAGUUAUCGUGCCCAAUUCGUCGUGGCCGUGAGUUGCCGCCGCCGAGGUGAGGGAUCUGAUCUGGGGGGCGGGUUGCGGCGCGGAGGUGGGAGCGGUUUUGAUUUUGGGAGAAGCUAGCUAUGCGGAUUGAGGCGUCGCCGGAUUGAGCAUGAGGGGGUGGGGUUGCUGGUGGUGGUGGUGGUGCGUGUGGCGUGGAUGACGGGAUCACCGGACGGGCGGCUCGUGGAGUUGUUCGGUGCGGUGAAAUUGUGGAUGCCGCGGCGGGGCGAGCACUCGCCGCCGCCCGAGUCGCAAUUGGCGGCGGCAGCGCAGCCGCAUGACUUGUCGAGGGACUUCUGGAUGCCAGAUCAGAGCUGCCGCGUGUGCUACGACUGCGACGCGCAGUUCACCAUCCUGAACCGGCGCCACCACUGCCGCCACUGCGGCCGCGUGUUCUGCGCCCGGUGCACUGCCAACUCCGUGCCCCGCUCGCCGGGGGACGCUGCUAGGGAGGACAGCGAAAGGAUCAGGGUUUGCAACUACUGCUUCAAGCGCUGGCUGGAGGAAGAGGCCGCCGCGCGGGGGGACGUGGAGGCACAGCAGCCGUCGAGCCCGGUGCCGAGCAUGUCGCCGUCCGCGUCCGCCGCGAGCGUCGGGAGCGACAAGUCCAGCUCCACGGGGCGUAGCAGCGCGGGGACGAACGGGCAGAUGUCGUCCUACACGAAUGUCAGCUACACGGACUUUGCAUCUGUGCCUGUCCAGGGGGAGGGCAACUGCUGCGAGGGCGACGGCUGCCCCGAGAAGCAGCAGCCUGUGAUGGAACCCGCUCCGGGCAUGGAACCUGCAGUUUAUGUGGACAACCCAUCGGAUCCAUUCAACUUUUGCUUGAAUAGGAGUGAUGAUGAAGACGAUGACUAUGCAGUUUUCUGCCCAGAUUUGGAAGGGCAGCACUUGCAAAAUUCUGAUGAAUAUUAUGGACCUAGGUAUUUUGAUGACCACCAAGUUGACUGUAGUGAUGAUGCAAAAGAAUAUUCACCCCCAAGGAAAGAUACAACAACCUUAGUUGAUUCCGUGGGAGGAGAUAAGAAUGAAGACCAUAUCAUCGAUAAUUAUGAGUGCUGCAAUACUCGCUCUUCUUCCUUGUAUAGCAUGGAGGUGCUAGAAAAUGAACCUGUGGACUUUGAAAACAAUAGCUCACUUUGGGUACCUCCAGAACCUGAGGACGAAGAGGACGAUCAUGAUGGUGUUCUAUGCGAUGAUGAUGAGGGAGAGGAUGCCACAGGAGAGUGGGGUUAUCUACGCUCAAACAGCUUUGGCAGUGGGCACUGUCGAAGUAGAGAUAAAUCAGCUGAGGAACACAAGAAAGCCAUGAAAGACAUAGUUGAUGGCCAUUUUCGGGCAUUAGUUUCUCAACUUCUUCAGGCUGAAAAGGUACCAUUAGUUGAUAAAACUGGAAAAGAGAGUUGGCUAGAUAUUGUUACUUCUUUAUCUUGGGAAGCUGCAUCUCUUUUGAAACCGGAUACCAGCAAAGGAGGUCGCAUGGACCCUGGUGGCUAUGUUAAGGUGAAAUGCUUGGCUUGUGGUCGCCCAAGUGAAAGCUUUGUUGUAAAAGGAGUUGUUUGUAAGAAGAAUGUCGCUCACCGGCGUAUGUCAUCAAAGAAAGAAAAGCCAAAAAUCCUAAUUCUUGGUGGUGCACUUGAAUAUCAGCGUGUAUCGAAUUUGCUUUCAAGUUUUGAUACUUUACUGCAGCAGGAAACAGAUUAUUUGAAAAUGGCAGUUGCGAAGAUCAAAGCGCACCAACCAAGUGUUGUAUUGGUAGAGAAAUCUGUGUCUCGUUAUGCUCAGGAUUUAUUUCUGGAGAAAAACAUUUCACUUGUUCUGAAUAUCAAAAGGCCACUGCUGGAAAGGAUAUCUCGGUGCACGGGCACUCAUAUUGUUCCCUCGAUUGAUUAUUUGUCAUCCCAAAAGCUUGGGCAUUGUGACUUAUUCCAUGUAGAGAAGUAUGUUGAAGAGCAUGGGACUGCUGGGGAAGGUGGAAAGAAAAUGCUGAAGACCCUUAUGUUUUUUGAAGGCUGUCCAAAACCCUUGGGUUGUACAGUCUUGCUUAAAGGCGCUAAUGGUGAUGAGCUCAAAAAAGUGAAGCAUAUUGUGCAAUAUGGAGUAUUUGCUGCCUAUCACUUGGCUCUUGAAACUUCUUUCCUUGUGGAUGAAGGUGCAACCCUUCCAGAACUCCCGCUCAAGUCACCAAUUAUUGUUGCUUUGCCAGAUAAACCUUCGAGUGCUGAUAGAUCCAUCUCGACUAUACCUAUCUUACCAAUGACUAGUGCAUCAUCACCAAAUAAUAGACUGCGAGCACUUGGUAUGCAAAAUGGUGAUUUAACAUUUAAUGAUAUAAAAAGAAUGGAACAAACAGUAUUAGCAUGUUCUCCUGAGAAUAAAAGGUGCCAAAGAUUGGGAGUUGGUUCUGACAAAACCACAUCUGUUCAAAUCAAUAGCCAGAAUGGAAACAUUGCCAGUUUGCUGGGUAUGGUUCCUCAGUCAUCUAUUGGUCCCUUGGUUCAGCAGUCGAACAUAUCAUUUUGCCAUUGUCCUGAUUGUACUAGAGAUGUGAGUGGCAAAAUGAAUUUUGAAGAACGCCAGCUUGAAAUCACAUCUAGACUUGCGCUGGUCAAUGACUCUGGUGUAUUGCCUACUCAUUCUUCAAAUUGGGUGUCCGUUGAGAGCAAUGUUUCAUUUCUUACUAAUUCUGGGAUUGGUGAAAAGAUGUCAGAUAAGCUAGCUGCUCCUCUCAACCUACAGAUUUCUCAUGAUGAUGACAGCUCAAAGGAUGAUUCAGUUGCAAAAAAGGAUGAAAUUCCAGCGUCUCCUGCUGACAAUCAGAGUAUAUUAGUUUCUCUGUCCUCUCGUUGUGUUUGGAAAGAAACUCUAUGUGAGCGGCCACACCUUCUUCGCAUAAAAUAUUAUGGUAACUUUGACAAACCUUUGGGCAGGUUUCUGCGUGACCAGCAAUUUGAUCAGAACAACCUUUGUUGCUCUUGUGAGCUGCCACCAGAGGCCCAUGUUUAUUGCUAUGUUCACCCACAAGGCAGCUUAACAAUAUCAGUAAGGAAACUUCAAGUAAAGUUGCCUGGUGAACAUGAUGGUAGAAUUUGGAUGUGGCAUAGAUGCUUACAUUGUCCUCGGGUUGAUGGGCUCCCUCCAGCAACUAAAAGAGUAGUGAUGUCUGAUGCUGCCUGGGGCUUGUCGUUUGGUAAAUUUUUGGAACUUAGUUUUUCAAAUCAUGCAGCAGCAAGUAGGGUAGCCAGCUGUGGUCAUUCUCUUCACAGGGAUUGCCUUCGUUUUUAUGGUUUCGGUGAGAUGGUUGCUUGCUUCCGAUAUGCAUCAAUCAAGGUUCACUCUGUAUAUCUGCCACCAUCAAAACUUGAUUUUACUUCCCAGCAUCAGGAAUGGGUAGAACAAGAAAAAAACGAGGUGGUUGACUCAGCUGAACUUCUGUUCACGAAAGUUAUGAAUGGGCUCCACCGAAUUUCAGAAAGGCAAAUUACAGGUUCUUUUGAUGGAAACUUGAAGAUCCUUGAGUUAAGAAGAAAUAUUGUGGAACUGGAAGAGAUCCUGCAAGCAGAGAAAGCUGACUUUACGGAGUCAGUAAAUAACCUACUGAAAAAGGAUAUGAGAAAGGGACAGCCGUUCAUUGAUAUUCUUGAGGUUAACAAACUAAGGAGGCAGGUAUUGAUUCUGUGUUACUUGUGGGAUCGACGGCUAAUCUUCAUAGAAAAUUCAGGUGGCAAGUACUGCGAUGGUCUAGGAGGUUUACGGGUUGGGAGUAGGAAUUAUGAUUUUAAUAAUAAAUCAGUUGAUCCCAGUGUAACCACAAAGUUAGAGAAGAUCUCAAAGGUCACAGAAAUUCUUUCAAAUGCUAAGGAAGGAUCCUUACGACAGAGCUCAAGUCCACUUCAUGGUGAAGUUGAAGGGCUCAACCAGGCUGAUCGAUCUAAUGAAAACAGCUCGAGAAAUGUUUCAGAGUUGAAUGGUGCUGAAGGUACAAUGGCCAAAAUCAGUCAUGUUAACCGUGCAGAUGUUAAAAAUCAUCUGGAUAACCAAGAAUCCAGAACUGGCGUUCGUAGGGUUGUUUCUGAUGGACAAUUCCCAAUAAGUACUGAUAUUUCAGACACAUUGGAUGCAAAAUGGAGAGGUGAGAAUGGACCUGUUCCUGAUGCAAACUUGGCGAAACCACUACCUUCAGUUGAAGGCAAAGCAGGUGAUGUUAAAAAUCAAGCCAACGCUGUACCAUCCCACACUUCUGCUUUAUCUGUCCGGUCUGGAGAUGCUGCAGAAAACUUAUUGAGAUGGCUUAAAAUGCCAUACAUGAUAUCAUAUAACUCCUUAGACACAAACUCUGGUACAACACUGAGAUUUGCUUCCCUGGCUGACUACACUCCUAAAUACAUUUCAUUGUUUCGCGACCUAUCACAACAAGGUGGUGCAAGACCUUUUCUACCUACUGGAGCUAAUGAUAUUGUCAUCCCAGUAUUUGAUGAUGAGCCAACUAGUGUUAUUUCUUAUGCGCUUGUUUCACCCAUGUACCGCUUUCAAUUGUCGGAUGAGAGCAGCAAAAAUAAAGACAAUCCAGAUUCUUUGCUUCCAUUGCCUGUCUAUGAUUCAGGAAAUUUUAACCCAUUUCAUUUAUUUGAGGAUUUUGGAUCCUCUGAUGAUUUUACUUCAUCAAUGUCUGGAGGUAGAGGAUCCUUUGCUCCUGAUCUGGUGCACUUGAGAGUUUCUUUUGAAGAUGGUGGUCCACUUGGGAAAGUCAAAUACACUGUGACAUGCUAUUAUGCAAAAAGCUUUGAAGCACUGAGAAGAUCUUGCUGUCCAUCUGAGCUUGAUUUUUUGAGAUCUAUCAGUCGAUGCAAGAAAUGGGGAGCACAAGGUGGUAAAAGCAAUGUGUUUUUUGCAAAAUCUCUGGACGAUAGAUUUAUAAUUAAGCAAGUCACAAAAACAGAGCUUGAAUCAUUCCUUAAGUUUGGCCCAGAGUAUUUUAAAUAUUUGUCAGAGUCCAUAAGCACCGGAAGUCCUACAUCCCUAGCAAAAAUUUUGGGGAUCUAUCAGGUUACAAUUAAGCAUGUGAAGGGUGGCAAGGAGUCAAAAAUGGAUUUGCUUGUGAUGGAAAAUCUUUUGUUUGGACGGAAUAUCACCAGGCUUUAUGAUCUCAAGGGAUCUUCGCGAUCAAGGUACAAUGCAGAUUCCAGUGGCAGCAACAAGGUCCUCCUUGACCAGAACUUAAUUGAGGCAAUGCCAACUUCGCCAAUUUUUGUGGGGAACAAGGCAAAGAGGCUACUGGAAAGGGCUGUUUGGAACGAUACUUCUUUUCUAGCAGGAAUUGAUGUGAUGGAUUAUUCCUUGCUUGUGGGAGUUGAUGAGGAGAAACAUGAACUAGUCUUGGGAAUUAUUGAUUUUAUGAGGCAGUAUACAUGGGACAAGCACCUUGAAACAUGGGUCAAAUCUUCUGGCAUUCUUGGUGGGCCGAAGAACGCCUCCCCAACUGUAGUUUCACCUAUGCAAUAUAAGAAGAGGUUUAGGAAAGCCAUGUCUGCUUAUUUUAUUGUGAUUCCUGAGCAAUGGAUGCCUGCAAUAAUCAAUCCAAGCAAAUCAUCAUCAAAUAUUUGUGAAGAAUAUUCUCAAAAUGCUUCGCAAGAGUGAUAAGAUGUUAGGUGCAUUAUGUUGUACUGAUGGUGCCGAUUUUGUCCUGCUCCGUUCGUGGAAAGUGCUAAACUGGUGAGUCUUGCUUGGCUGCUUCAGGUGGCAUCGAAGUGAUCUUCUGGUUUCAACCGUAUUAUCCUGUGCUAAUUGGCACAGAUCCGAUUGCGUCAUUGAGUCCCAUCUCAAGCAUCGGAUGUGUAUAUUCUUGAAACUGUAAUUAUGGCCUAGCCUUACCCCCCCCCCCCCCUCUUUCGUCUAUAACAAAUCAGUUCAUAGUGUCAGUCGCUUCUCUGUCGUCGUCGCUUAAUUUUGGUUGGAUGUAAAGAACGAGCCGGGCAGUGAAUUAUUUUGUUUUUGUAAGUGGUCUUUGUAUAUUAAGUUCUUCCAUCUGUUAUUUAUUUAGGGGGCUAUUGCCGUCUGUCAUAACAAAAUAAAAGUUAGCUUCAUGCAGAUGUAAAAUUCAUACAUUCUUCAGACGGGAGUCACAGUUAAUGGCUGGAAUAACAACCGGAGGUUGCUAUUUGUCGAGACA